UGUCAGUUUCAAAGCUGGGCAGGUUUUGACACCUGACAGCUUUGAAAAUGGUUUAAAGCUGCAAUUUUCAAAAAUAGUACAUUUCGGUCUAGCCUUUAAAAGUAAUUCCUAUACUUGUGGACCUAAAUUUGUAGUUUCAUAGUUCUAUUAACAAGUUUCCUACGAUGCCAGUCCUGGAAUUGGCCAUUGUCUGGGCCAACCUUUACCAUGGUCUAAGACGUCGAUUCAUCACCGAGAGUCGCACUGUGGCCACCCAGUUGACAACUCCAAAUCCGCAAAAGAAGUCGCGGAAUCGCCGCAGACAGAUGUGCAUUGGAAGAGGCCUUCGCACUUCACAUCGGCUGCGGGAAAUUCAUUUGAACGCGACCGUGGAAAGCGUCAAAUCGGAACUUGAGAACUUUUCUACUAGGGAAAACUUUUCAGUCUCUCUGACCUCCUGUCAAGAGGUUCCUUGCCUGCAGGUGAUGCCUACAAUGUCACCUGCUUUUCUUAAGCGACAGCAAUUGCAAAAGCGCCUCCAGGAACGAUCCCUGAUACUCAAUGCCAUAAAUGUGCUCCAGGUGAAGUGGAGUCACUGGUGGCACAUUUGCUGGCCCUCUCUAGUGGCCGCCAGUGUGCAGGCAAGCUUUGGAUCUCCAAAACUUUGUCACUCACUGAUGGGGUUGUACGAGGAGGGGGAUCACGAACCAACAAUCCUGGCGAUUGCUUGCUUCUUGGCCCAACAUUUUAAGAAGCUUUGCAAGCACUCUAAUACUGCACUUUGCAAUGCUGGUCCCGGACCCUAUUAUAGAACCACCUCGGCAGCCAUGGAAUUGAUUGACAUCCGUGAAUUCCUUCAGCAACUAAACGAAGCACUGGUCAACUAUCUUCUCAGGCUUUCCGAAAGCCAGAGAUCCUUUUAUGAGUGAAUAGACAAAUAGCCUAGAAGUUAUUAAUAAAUUGAUGUAAUAAACUAGAUAGGGCAGCCCUUAACCAUUAUAGAAAGUA